AUGAGAGUCUGAGCCGCAAGAACAGGUGAAUGAUUACUGAAUUACUGAAGGACUACUGUUAAUGCCGUCGUCUAAAUUUAUCCGUUAUAUUGGUCCCAUAAUAAACAAAUAGUGGAUGUUUUCACGCGAACGGUCCAAUUAACUUUAAUGGGAGCCCAAAUAAAAAUCGGAGAUACGUGACAAAAAGAGGUCGACAACUCGCCAAAAGCCUGGAAUUAGCAGCAAGGUUGAGCUGAGAGUGGCACCAUGUUGUCGGGGGAGGAGAUUCUGUGCAGCACGCGGCAAGUGAUCGCGGGCCUGGAGGCGCUUCGUGGCGAGAACCACACCCUCCUGGACGACCUGCAGAAGGCGCUGGAGGGCCGGCCGGUGGCCGACAGUGGCAGUGUGGAGCAGGAGAAGAGUGGGAUCAUCCGCCAGUCUCUGGAGAGGAUAGAGCUGGGCCUGGGAGAGGCACAGGUGAUGAUGGCUCUGUCGGCCCACCUGGGCUCCCUGGAGGCAGAGAAGCAGAAGCUGCGGACCCAGGUACGGAGGCUGUGCCAGGAGAACCAGUGGCUGAGGGACGAGCUGGCCGGGGCCCAGCAGAGGCUGCAGGACAGGGAGCAGGUGGUGGUCACGCUGGAGGAGCAGAACAGACACCUGCAGUUCAUGAGCAGCAUCCGCAAGUACGACCAGGAGGAGCCCCCACCGGAAGACAAAGAGACGGGCUCCACCAAGGAGUCCCUAGAUGACCUUUUUCCCACGGACGAGGAGGAACAGUCACAGAUAUCUCAGCCCCACGGUAGCAGUGCGGCAGCAGCGGCCCGGCAGGGAGGCUAUGAGAUCCCGGCCCGCCUGAGAACCCUUCAUAACCUGGUGAUCCAGUACGCCUCCCAGGGCCGCUAUGAGGUGGCUGUGCCCCUCUGCAAACAGGCCCUGGAGGACCUGGAGAAGUCCUCGGGCCACAGCCACCCUGAUGUGGCCACCAUGCUCAACAUACUGGCCCUGGUCUACAGAGACCAGAACAAGUACAAAGAGGCGGCGAACCUCCUGAAUGACGCAUUGGCCAUCCGGGAGAAAACCCUGGGCAUAGAUCACCCUGCGGUGGCAGCCACACUCAACAAUCUUGCUGUACUGUAUGGAAAGAGAGGGAAGUACAAGGAGGCUGAGCCACUGUGUAAGAGAGCCCUGGAGAUCAGAGAGAAGGUUUUAGGCACGGACCACCCUGACGUGGCAAAGCAGCUGAACAACCUGGCGCUGCUGUGUCAGAACCAGGGCAAGUACCAGGAAGUGGAGCAGUACUACGAGCGUGCCCUGCACAUCUACCAGAGCAGGCUGGGCCCCGACGACACCAACGUGGCCAAGACCAAGAAUAACCUGGCUUCAUGUUACCUGAAACAAGGGAAGUACAGACAAGCUGAGGCUCUGUAUAAAGAGAUCCUGACCCUGGCCCAUGAAAAAGAGUUUGGAUCUGUGGAUGGAGAGGUGCGGGAUAUCUGCACCCACACGGGAGAGGAGGGUUCCAUGCAGGAUGGGCUGGGCAGUCUGAAGCGCAGCGGCUCGUUCACCAAACUCCGCGAGUCGAUACGCAGGAGCAGCGAGAAGCUGGUCAGGAAGCUGAAAGGAGUCGGAACUCAGGAUACCACCCCUCCGACUCCUGGGAUGAAAAGGGCUAAUUCUCUGAAUGUGCUGAACGUGGGUGCGAGGGAGCGGCAAGAAGCGGCAAGGGGCACCAGCGACCUAACAGAGAACCGAACCCUGAGCUCCAGCACCCAGAGCCUAGCACGGCGAGGGUCCCUCAGCUACACGUCUGAACACUAGCCCUCCUCCUAACAAUCAGGAAGUACUCAUACAGCUCUGGCCCCAACUCCACUCUCU